AUGGCACUCGUAGUUCGCAUUCACAUCCUCUCCCGGGACGGGGAGCUCUGCCGGGACGAUCCCCUGCUGGCUGCCGGGGAAAAGGAGCCGCACCGAGACCGAGCAGACACGUCCAUUGACGAAGGGAAACAGACGCAGACCCUGCCCCAGGAGCCUGACCCCGGCGCCGAUAGAUUCACCUAUGCCGAGCUGGACGGCCAGGAGCUGCAGGCUAAGCUGGGGGGCCGUGACCCAGCCCCCGAGCCCGCCCAGCCCAGCGUGUACGCCGUGAUCAACAGCCAGUCGCACCAUCCGUUGCUCCCCAGGUGCCGCUUCCUCCUCUGGGGCCCCAGCACCAUGGGUCCCUCUCCUGCCCUGCUCCUCGCCCUGGGCAUCAUCUGGACUCGCCUCCCAUUCGCUGCUGCUUCAUCCCCCUACUCCAAGCCCUCCAUCUCCCUCAGCCCCAGCGGGGAGAUCGCACCGGGGACGGACGUCACCAUCUCCUGCCACGGGCCGCAGCAGGGCGUGCGGUUCAAGAUGUACCGGGCCGGGGUCGCACGGUGGCACACGGAACCGGCCGGCUCGAUAGCCGAAUUCCGCAUCCCCAACGCCCGGCGGGAGGACGGGGGCAUCUACACCUGUAGCUACGAGAGCCUGACAGAGCCGCCUGUCAGCUCCCCGCACAGCGACCCCGUGCAGCUGGUGGUAGAAGCGCACUACUCCAAGCCCUCCAUCUCCCUCAGCCCCAGCGGGGAGAUCGCGCCGGGGACGGACGUCACCAUCUCCUGCCGCGGGCCGCGGCAGGGCGUGCGGUUCAAGAUGUACCGGGCCAGCGUCGCACGGUGGCACACGGAGCCGCCCGGCUUGACGGCCGAAUUCCGCAUCCCCAACGCCCGGCGGGAGGAUGGGGGCAUCUACACCUGCAGCUAUGAGAGCCUGAGGGAGCCGCCUGUCAGCUCCCCCCACAGCGACCCCGUGCAGCUGGUGAUAGCAGGGCCCCCCCCGAAGCAGGAUUACCCCCCGUUUGCCAUCGUCCGUCUGUCCCUGGCCGCCGGGGUCCUGCUGGCCCUGGUGCUGGUCCUGGCCGAAGCCGCGUACAGCUGGAGGAGGACCCCCCACUCGCUGACCCCCCCACGGCCCGGCGGGGAGCGGGGCCGGCAACCCGAGGGACAGACGGAGACCCCAGCGUGGGAACUGCAGCCCCCCCAAAUUCCUGCCCGGUCCCUGGGGAUAGGGACAGCAGGACACACACACCAGGGGGAACGGGGAGCAGUUAUCGGACCCAUGGGCCCGUCCACAUCGGUAUCCCCGCCCCACUCCCCACCCCAGCCCCCCCAGAUCAGAUCCAUGGGCCCGUCCACAUCAAUGAAAUGCAUGGGGCCCGUGCCCAUCUAG